AUGUCCUUAAAGUUUUUAGAGCUCUUCACAGGUGCAAUUGAGUUCAAAGGUGAUGUGAUAGAAAGCAUUGAAAGUGACAAUUUCAAAGAACUUGGCAAAGAAUACUCCAUCUCCUUUUGAAUCUAUCUUCAAAAAGUAUUAAAAGGUCGCCAAGUCACAGUUUUCCACAAAGGAGACAACUUCACCUCACAGCCUACAAUAUCAUUGCAAGAGAAAAAUCUUUUACUCCAUUUUUAAAUUGAAUUAAAUUUCAAUUUUAGGAAACAACCACUUUUAAAUAGGAUCAGAAGUUUAUUUUCUUUGGAAAAAUUUUAUAGGCAAAAAUAGUAAAUUGCUUUGAUAGCAAUUUACUGGCUAAUUUUUAUUAAAAUCGAACAUUUAUCUUGCUCAUAUUUAAAGGAAGUUUAAGCACAAUAAAUAUAUUUAUAUUAAUAUCAAAAUAUAUUUUCUAGAGCUUUGCUUAAAUUUAAGAGGUCUUGGCAUGCAGAGUCAUCCUCGAAUAUUAAGGGGCUCCUAAAACUUGAUUAAGCAACUAUUUUAAAAUAAAAAAUUGUAGUAACCCUCCUUUAUAUUGGAACUUUUUUUCUAUUUAAAAGAUGGGAGCUAGUAAAAUUUGAUACUGAGAGAGGGAGCAGUGAAAGAUUAUUUGCAUCUGCCGAACUUCAACUGAAAAAAUGGGUUCAUGUGGUUUUCACACUUCACCAAGCAGAAUAUACAGAAGCUACUCUAUAUAUUAAUGGGGUUUUGGACUCAGAGAUUGCUGUAAGGAACGAAAGCUUGUUUAAUGAAGGGAAGUGCUAUAUUGGAAAAGAUCCUUGGAAUCAUGGUUUUAUUGGGUCAAUUGCUGAGCCAAUAUUUUUCUUCUCUGCUUUGCCUGGGGAUGAAGUUUCAAGGAUGUACCAGCACGGGAUGCAGAAUUGGAAUGAGUCGAAUGCAUUUAAGACUUCACAGAUAUACUGAAUUUCUUGGACUUUCUCACUGAAAUAGAUUAAUAGAAUAUAGGGUAAUUUUUGGGAAAAUGCCAUAUUUUAUAUGAAAAAAACAGAAGGAAUGACACAAACUUUGAUUAAAGAUGCAGAAGCUCCAAAAAUGCUAGAAACUACAAGAACAGUUAAGAAACAAGAUAAAGGAGCAGCGCAGCUGACAGUUUUUGAGAGACUGGAUCAGUAUUUCCAGGCAAACCCCAAAAUGUAUAUGAAGGUAGGGAAGCUCUUGCCGUAUUUUGAUUGGCUGGCAGCUGAAAUUUUUAUGUGAAUAAUCAUAUUUCUCUCCACCUCGAUCAAGGCCGCAGGAGUCCUAGCCUGCCCAAUUAGCACUGAAGCCGGCAAGGGAAGGAGAAGACGCAUAGCAAGCGGUAUUUCGUGUGUUCGUGGCAUCAGGACCUGAGAAGGAGCAAGGUGUUGACAGAGCUAACUUGUCAAGCAAUACAUCCUAAACAUUCAUAUCCUUGAUAGCUCGUCGCAAAGCGUAUAAAUCUCCUUAUGGGAUUCUGACUGCAAAAUCAAUAAGACACACUGCUACCUAUUAAUUAAGAUUAAGAUUGGCUUGCAGCAAUUUAUAGAAUACUGAGAGCAGCUUUGCCAACAUAUAGAGACGAUGAAGGAAAUAUCCUUGACAAGCUUGAACUCGACAGAAUGAUGCCACCUCUUUACCAAGUAAAUCUCUACUUUACCAAAAAAGAACUUCUGGCCCUAGCCAAAGCUGCAAAAAGUUAUAGCUCAGUACCCCCAGAAAGACCAAAUGACGACCCAGUAGACUUAAUUCACUACUUGGACUUCCUUGACAAUCUCCGAUCUUAUACAGACUCCAUCGAACUCGGCGAGCAAUUUGGCUCAGCGGAUAUGGACCCUCGUGAGAAAUUUAACCACAUCUACACGAUUUGUGAGGAAUUCAUGAACAACCGAAGCGGAAAUUUUGAAGUGUGCAUUGAUUUUUGUGUAAAUUGCGGCUCACAUCAGACUACAACUAGACAUAGCGAAAGAGAAUACCAGUCCUGGUUUAAUGAUGCCUAUAAAGAUAUUUCAGAAGAAUUUCCUGCAUGUGAGAUCGUAGGAAAUAAAUAUGGACCUCCAAGGAUUGGGACUUUUGCAGCAUCUAUUGAAGGGGUUGGAUCUGAUCAAUAUAAAGAUAAAUUUGGGAGGCUUAAGCUAUAUAAAAUAAAAAAUGAAAGGCCAGUAACGAGGUAUGUAUUGGAUUCUAUUUAUUUAGUUGCCUAUGUGUAUGGAAACACGCAAGAAUUAACAAAAUUCCAAGCAGAGUAUAGAAAGGAAGCUGGAGAAGAUAAUAGACAUCCUGAUUGCGUUAUGAGCUUGAUAACACUAUCAGAAGAUCCCAGAAUGAGUGGGCAAAAAAAGCGAGAGGAGACCUUGGAACUGUUGUCUGAUCAAGAAAUGUAUUGUAAGCAUUGGGGCUGCCAAUCAAAAAUAUACAUCUUUACCAUAUAUUUCCAUGUUUUACAGACAUAAAAAAAAUUUGAGGUCUAAAUCAAUUUUAUAAACAUAUUAUUAUUUAGAUUGCAUGAGGUUAACCAGCCAAAAUAGACUUUAUAUUGUAAAUAGAGAUAUAUAUACUUAUGGUAAAAAUCAUAAAAGAGCCUGCAGAUAUCAUCCUGGAAGAUGGGAGUUCGGGAGUAUUCAUGGUCUAUGGCCUGAAAAUUGGACAUGCUGUAGAGGAGAAUGGACAAGCCCAGGCUGCAAAGUAGGAUUCCACGAAGGAGUUCCAAAUUCCUUUGUCAUGCAUAAGUGUAUAAAUAGAGGUGAAAAUAACCCAGUCAGUCUUCAUCCCGAUUCAUUUUGUGGAAGAUCUUUCCCAGACCCCAAUACAUGUGGUAAAAAAAAUAAGCCAAACAAUUCUUGCUCUUACCACAGUGGACACUUAGAGUUCAACGAAAGAGGGGGCUGCUUUUGGUCUUGUUGCAACGCUGAAGCCGACCCAAUGGGUAUGGAAUCUGGCGGAUGCGUUGAUGAUGAGCAUCGAUUUGCAGAGUAUCCCGAUGAAGAAGCAAAAAUUUAUUUUAUCACAAAAUCUGUCACAAAUCCAGGGAUCCAGCCAAACCGGACCUCUAAAAAGGAAACUUUUUCGAAAACGGCUACAAGUUCAAGGUUUUUCAAUACAGAAAUUAAGCCAUACAUAAAUCCUUAUCAGAAGAAAAAAAAUAAAGAAGCACUUGAUAAUGAGGCCAGAUAUUGCUUGAAUUCCACAUGUGAAAAAACCUAUAAAGAGACUGACAAUCAUGAUAGAGCCUGCCAGUGCCAUACUGGCUAUUGGGACUUCGGACACUCAGGAAUACUUAAAGGGCAAGAUACUAUCGUGCUUUGGGAGCCUCAUUGGAGAUGCUGUGGAGGGAAAUGGGAAGAUCCUGGGUGCAAGAGAACCAGGCAUUGUGGGCCACUUGUAUCUAAAAUGGAAGAAAGAAGAUGGGUUUGGCCUUCAGAAGGUGCCAAAAGAUACUUCCUGAAAAAAGUUUCGAGCUUAUGGAAAACAAAGCUGGAAAAAGAGCAUUUGACCAGAAAGCAAGUCGCAAAAAAAUAUGAUAAAGUUUGCACUGAAAAUAAUAUCAAUACUCUGACAGGUUCAUUACUGCAUAGGCUAUGCUUGAGCUUGCAUUUGCAUAUUUUGUGCGUCAGUGAUGACAUGUCUUACAUGUUCAAGUAUCAAGAUGUAAUCAGCAGACAAGCUGAAAAAUUGCUUAUUCCACCAUGUGUUAGAAAUUUUUAAUGAGGAGAUUUUGUAAAAAAUAAUUGUAAAUUUUAAGCUUGAACAAUUAAAAUUUUUGACUUAAACAGCUAAUGGUAAAAAAUAUAAAAGUGGUUUCUAUGUUUUAAACAGCAGAUAAAAAAUAAAAAGAAAUUGAGCCGAUAACUUUUAAAAAAUUUAUCUUAUAUGGAGAAGAAGGUAGUGACAAAAAUGGAUAUAUCGAUAAAGAAACAUUUUUAGAAUGAUGGUUUGCACCCCUAGAACGUAUUAGACCUGAAAUGGCAAUGGCUUAA